UGUGGACUGGUUGCAUUGCUUAACUUGUUGCAGGAAUGGGUGCACUGCCUUUGUUGGAGGAAACAUAAACGAUGGAGGAAAGCUGGAUUCAGGAGGUUACACACCGGCAUAUUAGUGCCGUCAAGGAUAAGCUUCUACUAUUUUGUGAACUUGUAGCCAUGCAAGUGGGGAUCAGGAAGGGUGAGGCUGUCGACAAUGUCUUUGGUGACACGUUUGAUGGUGAAAAGGCUACCUUAGGGGAACAGCUGCAGGAGGAGGAGGAGGAGGAGGAGGAGCAGGAGCAGGAGCAGGAGGACAUAUCCUUUGCAUCAGCAUCCUCCCUUCCGCUGCUGUCGUCAUCAGGGGAGAGUGAGCCCCCCUCACCCAGCCACUCACUAGCAGCAGCAGCAGCCGCGUCUCUUUCACUGGAACAACACACGCUGCAAAGCCUGUAUCAGUGGCUGAGCCAUGGCUUGAUCCCAGAGGGAGUACGCUAUAUCAAAAUCAUGGGCAAUCAGGACGGCAAGCUAAAGAGAGUAGCCACAACAGGGGAUGGAAGCGAUGGAACUGUGGACAAUGGAGGCCUCUGUGAUGCAGACGGCAGCACAAAGAAAGGAUUUCAUGGGAGGAAGCAUCAUGGCAAGCACAGUAAAGGAGGAGAAACAGGCAAAAAGAAAGCCAAGUCAGAGUCUAAAUCCUCUGUGUUUUCAAACAUCCGCAAACGCAAGAACCUUAAAAAGGGCCUUUCUGCAAGCUCCAAAGAGGAUAUAUUGGAUUCGCAGGAGGAGUUGGACAGUGUUCAGUCACUGCGCAACAAAACCCCCAAGCUCAGCCUCUCGGGCGAUGAGUUAGGACACUCUGAUGCUGACGCUGAGCCACCUUGUCGACCACCUAAGGAGAGCCAGCCGGCAGUUUCUCCUGAAAAGCCGGAACAACAAAGAGGCAGUUCGGGGUCUGAUACGGACAUUUACAGUUUUCACUCGGCGACUGAGCAGGAGGAUUUACUCGCUGAUAUCCAGCAGGCUAUUAGGCUCCAGCAGGGGGUAAUUAUUUCCACCCCUGAAGACGUGCUGAGAUGGACUAAUGCUGCGGAGCUGAAAAAGACUACUGCCUCUGAGACUGCUGCAACCCCCACCCCUGAAACACAGCCUUCCCUUUUACUUGAGGCUGAGGUAGAUUUGCCUUCCCCGGUUAUAGUAGAGAAGCAGCAGCAGCAGCAGGAGGAGCAGGAGAAGGAGGAGAAGGAGGAGGGGGAGAGGGAGAGGUGUGUAGCCACGGAGGUUGCUGUGAAUGGAGAGCUAAGCAGUUCUAAGGGCCUUUGUGUUUUGCAGUCUGCACCGGUGGCAGCUGCUCCAAUCCCUCAAGGGACAAAAGAGGGAGAGGGCCUGUGUAGCGAGGAUGUGUUAGCUUCACUACCACCCCCCACCACCACAAGAAAUGGAGAGAGGGGAGUUGACAGCAUGGUUGCUACGACAACCAGCAUUACCAGCUUUCCUGACCUCACUGCCUCAUUUGAGAGUGCAGUCGAGGCUGUAGAGGAGGGUGAGGAGGUUGAGGAGGAAAAGGAGCUUGAUAACAGUCCAAGCCUUACACCUGAACAUCCCGAAGAGACCUCUGUCUGCACAGUACCUCUCUCUGUCAGUAGUGAGAGCCAUGAGGACACCAUCUUGGAUGUGGAGAAUAUUUAUUUAAGAAGCAGCCUGGCUAUCUCUGAGCCAGUGGAACAUGAUGCAAUUAUUUUGGAUACAGACUGUACCACUGUGGAGGAGACACAGAGAUUUGAGUCCCCAGCCUUCAAGAGGCGGAGAAGCAUUGUUUCAGAUUCCCCAUGGUGUCAGGAGAGGCAUCUGGCAACUCAGGUGCUGAAGACACCCACUGUCACCAGCCCACAGGUCAAACCUUACCCCCCUAUCCAUCCGUGCUACAUUAAGACAACCACAAGGCAGCUCAGCGGUUCCAACAGCUGUUCUCCUGCUCCCUCCCCAUCCAACAGUCCCUUAUUCUCUAGGCGUCACCAACAGGAGAGGGAGAAGUUUCAUCUUAAGCGUAAGCGUUCCCACAGCAUAACUGGCCCCAUCAGUCGUUCCGCUGACUGGACAGAUGAACUGCAAACCCCUCAGUUGCCCCCGAAGGCUGGAUCUGCUGACUAUCUGGAAUAUAGGGGCUUGGAAGGAGGUCUGCAUGGUGGCAGCCAGCCUUUGAGCACAGAUCGCAGAUCCUCAUGUGGACAGACUUGCUCCUUUCAAGAUGUCUUCUCAGGUCGUACUUUGUUGGAGAAGUUCUUCCAGCAGCAGGAGGAUGCUCAGCCAGAGGAGGCCGAGAGGUUGUGCUCCCGUAUCCUUGCCAUGGGCCUUCUUCUACCCUUUGGGGAUUGUUUCCGUGAACCGUACAGCAGCAGCACCUCUCAGAUCACCCCAAAAUUCAGCCAAGACCAGCUCUAUACCUGGGCUGCCAUUAGUCAGCCCCCACACUCUUUGGAAGGCUUUGAGGGGCAUCUUCUUCCUGGACACCUCAAGGCCCUUUGGCCUCCGCGAACAGAAGCGGGGAAGCCAGGACUGAAGUUCACAGAGGCAGAAGAUAAUGAGGAACCCCAGGAGGGCCUUCCUAUGCUAAAACAACACCAGCAGGACGAGAUCCAGGAACUGCAGGAACUGCAGGAACUCCAGGAACUGGAACUGCAGGAGGAGUCAGUGUUAAAAACUGUGCGGUUGAAAAAGGAACAUGUGAAUGUGAUUCAGCAGCUGGAGCAGACUAUUGAGGACCUGCGGACCAAAAUAGCAGAGCUGGAGAAACAGUAUCCCUUACUGGAUAAGGACAUUAGCACAAAAGACCAAGAAUGUGGUGGGGAAGAGGGCUUUUUGAGAGACAUGUGUGAUGUGGACCUGCAGACUGAGGAGGAGGUUCGGCUUAACAGCUGUCUAGAGGCCAAAUCGGUCCAAACAUCACCAUUGGAGGAGGGCUUAAGAUUUGCAGUGCCUUCAAACUCCACUCUGACCUUCUCCCCUCACCAUCUCAUGCCAGGGCCUGCACCAGGGUUGCCUUCAGACCAAACCAUCACACCAGGCGUCUUGUGCCACUGCCAACAGACUUUACCACCACCUCCUCCACCUUUACAUCCGUCUCUGUCAGACUCUUUAGCAACCCCUCCUCUUCCAGUAAUUAGACACCCACCACCUCCGCCACCUCCACCGUUGCCAGGGAUGGGACACCCACCACCUCCACCACCCCCACCCUUGCCAGGGAUGUCACCACCACCACCACCACCCUUACCAGGGAUGGGUCCUCCACCUCCUCCACCCUUACCAGGGAUGGGACCUCCACCACCCCCACCCUUACCAGGGAUGGGACCUCCACCUCCUCCACCCUUGCCAGGGAUGGGUCCUCCACCUCCUCCACCCUUACCAGGGAUGGGACCUCCACCUCCUCCACCUUUACCAGGGAUGGGACCCCCACCACCACCACCCUUACCAGGGAUGGGACCCCCACCACCACCACCCUUACCAGGAAUGGGACCCCCACCACCACCACCCUUACCAGGGAUGGGUCCUCCACCUCCUCCACCCUUAUUGGGGAUGGGACCCCCACCACCACCUCCAGGCAUAGGUCAACUCAUACCCCAGACUCUGUCCUUUGGUUUGGGACACCUACCCCCACCUUUGCCCCUUGGCAUAUAUGCUUUGGGCAUGCAGCAUGAGAAGGCACCUCGCAAGGGACUAGUGGAGCCACCCAGACCCAUGAAGCCUCUGUACUGGACCAGGAUACAGCUUCAUGAAAAAAAGGACCCCAGUCCAACUCCUCUGGUGUGGGACAUGAUUGAGGAACCCAGUGUGGACUUCGAUGAGUUCGUGGACCUGUUCUCCAAAAGUGCUGUGAAGGAGAAGAAGAAGCCGCUCUCAGACACCAUUACUAAAUCUAAAGCCAAACAAGUGAUGAAACUCUUGAACAACAAGCGUUCUCAGGCAGUCGGCAUUCUGAUGUCUAGCCUCCACCUGGACAUGAAAGACAUUCAACAUGCAAUACUGAACCUGGACAACACUGUGGUUGACUUGGAAACUUUGCAAGCUCUUUUUGAAAAUAGAGCCCAACAGGAAGAGAUGGAUAAGAUUGAAAAGCACAUCAAGUCAUCAAAGGGAAAAGAUAGCGCAAAACCUUUGGACAAACCAGAACAGUUCCUCUAUCAGUUGUCCCAAAUCCCCAGUUUCUCAGGAAGGGUGUUUUGUAUCCUCUUUCAGUCAACCUUUGCUGAAAGCAUAACUUCAAUCCACCGCAAGCUGGAUAUCUUGCAGAGAGUCUGCUCAAAUCUACAAAAAGGUUCUGGGGUGAUGAGGAUUUUGGGCCUUGUGUUAGCCUUUGGGAACUUCAUGAAUGGAGGGAAUAGGUCUCGAGGCCAAGCUGAUGGUUUCUCCCUGGACAUCCUCCCAAAACUGAAGGAUGUGAAGACCAGUGACAAUAAAAGCAGCCUUUUGGCUUACAUUGUGGCUUACUACCUGCGGAACUUUGAUGAGGAUGCCACCAAGGAUGCCACCAAGGAUGCCACCAAGGAUGCCACCAAAGAUGCCACCAAGGAGACACGCAUUUAUCCUAUUCCUGAACCUCAGGAUCUUUUCCAGGCCUCCCAGAUGAAAUUUGAAGACUUUAAAAGGGACCUCUCCAAGUUAAGAAGAGACCUCGUAGCAUGUACAAAGGAGGUGGAGUCAGUGUGCAAAGUAUCUUCAGAAGAACACCUGCAACCCUUCAAAGACAAUAUGGAGGACUUCCUACAGAAAGCAAAGAUUGAGCUGGAGGCUGAAGAAACGCAGCUGGGAGAAACCCACGGGAUAUUCUUAGAUUUAACGGUCUACUUCUCUGUGAAGGCUAAAUCAGGGGAAAAGGAGGUUUCACCCAACGCAUUCUUCUCAGUCUGGCACGAGUUUUCGACUGACUUCAAGGAUCGUUGGAAGAAGGAGAGCAGAGUAUUGCUUCAGGAAAGAGUGAAAGCAGCAGAGGAACACUUCAAGCAGGUCAAGGAGAAGGCCAGCUAUAGUGUCAAACCCAAACAUGCUUCUGGAAUUAAAGCCAAACUGGGAAUUGGGAAGACUUGAUUGAUUUAAGAGAAAAUGAGAAACCCACCAACAGUGAGUAUGGACUAUAAACCCACUGCUGUUCUACCUGCUUCAUCAGAGGAGUGUUGUGUCUGAUUUAGGGAUGUCACGCCUCGUUGUGUGGAAUGCAACAACACCUACCCCCAUUUCAAGCUCACAAAAGAACACUUCCAGAGCAGAAACCACAUUUUAUCAUUGAAACCCACUCACAAAAGAACACUUCAGAGCAGAAACCACAUGUAUCACUGAAAUUACCACGGAGACACUAUGUGCUCUGGAAUCCUCCUUGUGUGUCAGCCCAGAUAUGUUGUGUAUAUUUUGCAAUCCUUGUUAAAGCAAUAUUAUUGUGUGUGUGUGUGUGUGUGUGUGUGUGUGUGUGUGUGUGUGUGCACGCGCGCGCUAAUGUCACUGAACAGGUAGAGGGAGGUGGGAGACUGACAGAGGAAGAGAGAAAGAGAAAGUGGAAUUCCAGUUUUACUGACAUUCAUAGACUAUGAUUGGACAGUGUCCAGUGGAGCCUUGUUUCAGUCCCCAGGUUUUUAAUGGAAAGUGAAUGAUUAAAUGAUUUAAAUGAUUUAAAUGCCCUUGUCUGAUUAAAGAAUGCACCACCUCUACCAGACUUAAGUCAUUCUAUCCCUCAUGCAUAUUGAAUCUUAGUAAACCAAGGGGAAAGCACACUUAAGUCAUUAUUAUCUCCACUGGUCCAGAGAGAGGGCCAUUUCUUUCUGUCUGGUAUGUUGUCCUCUGCUGACAGAGGCGUUGAAAUGCUGGGGACAUUCAGGACAAACGCUUUACAGUAUGGAAAUGUGGAAUGCUUAUCAUACCCUUUUCAAAAAUGGUGUCAAUUGAUCUUAGCAGUCUUAAUCAACCAAGAGCUUUUAGUUGUACUGGAGACAUGUCCUACUUGAAAGUGUUCAUUUGAGCAAGUGUGCUGCAUUAUGUUUGUGUAAAUUAAUUUGGCAAAAUACAUUUUCAUUGACCAUGCUUGACGUUUUGCCUAAGAUGUAUGUAAAAAAGGCAUCAUGAUCUAAUGUGAAGUAGAACAUACUGUGUAAUACACUUGUAGUACUUACUUUGUACUUCCAGCAUGUCAGUUUUGCGUUACAAUUGUCACUCGAUGAAUAAUCAAAAAGUUCAGAGUUUAUUCCAUGUGCAAUAAAUGUCUGUAUAUUUUUUGUUUUAAGAACAAUAUAAUAUAAUGUAAAAUAAAAGGAUAAAUAAAGUCAACAUUUUAUUCUGA